GCCCCGUUAGAAAAAAAAAGAAAAAAAAAUCGCACCCCCUAAAAACCGACACAUCUCCCUAAUCACCCUACGAUAAUCAACAGAGUCCUUGGGAGCGUCCUCGGAGUCCUUCAUCAACGCCGCCAUGGAUAAAGUCGCUUUAUGGCACCGAAACGAAACGAGAGGGCAGCCCAGGAUGCGAUUGCACGACGCUGCCCGUGAGCAAUCUCCCAACCAUGGACGUAAGAAUAUAUAUUCUUACGUCCAUGCUCCCAACUCAUCUCUGUCUCUGAUGCUUAUUAAUGCACAUAGUCUAUGAAUUAUUGCGGCUGACGCUCAUUUUGAUCGUCUGCUUGGAACACGCUUUGAUAUUUAUAGGAAAAUGCUUCCGCAUGAUUUAAUCUUUUCGUUUUACUUAUAUUUGAAGUGCUUUUAUAGAAACUUGUAGUAGCAAUUGUCUAAAGAAAGUGUUAUAGGUGAGAAUCAACGCGGUGAUGAGUUACGGUACAGUAACAGUUUAGCAGGCGAAGGUAAUCUAACCUAUUUCUUGGCAAUGCACCGGUUUCCGAAGGAAAUAAAAUUAUGUUGAAGUUCACGGGAAUAUCGCGAAAAUGGGAACCUGGAACUACAGUGCUUUAUUUGAGAAAACUAGGGACAUGGCAUGCAGAAAUAGUGACAUCUUCACAAACCCUCAAAGAUAUUUUUGUUAACGUACUCAGUGUAGAGCCCAAAAAGGUUUCCUUUAUAAUAAAUCGAUGCGUGCCCCUAAAUGAGAAAUCUAAACAGCAGGUCAUGACAAAUCUUUUCAUAUGCAAGAAAAUAAACCUGUUCCAAGAUAGAAAAGUUUCAUCUGUGAAACUAUUUGAUAUGCCACCUAGCACCUUUGAAAUCAGAGGAUUGCUGCUUAAAGAAUUAGGCGUCACAGAUAUUGAGCCACUUCAUAUGUAUCGUUUUGCACAUUGCAUGAAGUUGCCGAUGUCAUCGUUCAAGAAGCUGGCUAAUAUUCCCACGUCUGUAAAUGUUUGUGAAAAUUUGCUGAGUUACUUACACAAAGCUCCGCCUGAAGUACCACCGUUACAGCAACCAGAUGAUAACGCUACUGUAAUGGAUCAUUAUUUACAUUGCAUACAGUAUUAUCUUCAUUGGAAGUUUGAUCUUUCAGAAAGUGAAGUACAGAAGUAUUUCAAGAUUUCAACACUUUUUAGAUACAGGAGUUUUAAUCAUAUGCGUGCUGUCGUGGAUCUUCUCAUCGAUGAAUUUCAUUUCAGCAUAGAGGAUAUACGAAAAUGUGUGUUUCUGCUUGGAUGUCAUCCUGAGAAACUAAAAUAUAUGCUGACUGAAAUGGAACGUUUGACAAGUAUUGACAUAAGAACUAUGUUUAAAAAUUAUCCACGAGUUCCCGUGUUAAGAACAGAAGCCGUUCCAAAAAUUUUCCAAAUUCUUAAAUCUUAUGACAUACCAGACUCAGUUAUAAUAAAACAUCCAGAGGUCUUCUUAAUUCCUCCAAGUACGCUCGAUUUAAGGCUAAAAUAUGUUUUUAAUUCACCGAAAUUAUGCAUAUUACGGAAUAAUCCUAAGUUGCUACGAUUAAUUUACCUUUACGAUACUGUGAUGAUUCGCUUGAAGUACCUGGAACAUUUAAACAUGGACUACACGAGUAUAUCUUUGUUAAUCAGUUCCAAUACAACUUUUUCACGUGCGGUGUCUACUAAAGGAUACAAAUUAACUAUGGAAGAGUUAACCUACUACUUGACGUUAGAAUUUGAGUUCGACAUAACAUAUGUACAAACCAAACUUAGGAAACACCCUUUCUGGCGGUACACUUCAAUUCCGCAAAUAAAGGAAACCGUUUUGUACCUAAAGGAACGCUUCUCUCCGAUUGACAUUAGUAAAUGCGUGUAUAUAAUUCUAUAUCCAAGAGAAAAAGUGGAAAAUGCUCUUAAUGUUGUCGAACGAUAUGAUAGUACCUAUGGCAUCGCCUCGUUCACCCCUUCUCAAGUGUUAUCUCUCUGCGUGUACAUUUUAGAGAGAGAUCACCAUUUUUCAGGUGACGGUAUCUGGCGUAUUAAUACCAAGUCGAAUGAAAUAACGCUAGAUGAAAGUUUUGCGGAUUUAAGGACUUUAGAUCCAUCCUACAAUUCUUUCGAAGGUGCAAUUUAGCUUCACUUGCGUAGGUAUUCCGUACAUGUAACAAAAAAUCUGU